AUGUCACUACAACCACUCUCCAAAAAAAUAAAAACAACAACAACAACACAAUCCCAAGAAAUCGACAGAGAAGGGGCUCAACCACAGUUCCACUCGCGCGUUGCUUUUUUACUCAUUACUUUCCUCAGGCAUAAAAUGUUUGGACGACGCGUUUACGCCAGUGCGGCAGUUCCCCGCCGUAUGUGGCCGGCACUUCACAUUCAGAGCAGUAGCCAAGCACUGCGUAUCCUUCCUUCACUCGCACCACUUCACCCGACUAUAACUCGGCAUGUUGCACUUGUGUCCGCCCCGCUCACAAGCCUCUCCGCGGUCGGUUUGUGUGAAUCCUCAACGGCGCUGGAACCUUUACAAGGCGAUGGCAGGGGAUUCCUCGUCUCACAUGCAGGCGGUUGGUACAAUUGCGCACGCGCGUUGCUCACAAAUGUCAGUACGGCUCCUAUGAGGACUAUAAUUUGGAAACUACACAAUAAAGCGCAAGCCCCGUGGUCGCUACCGCGCCUUCAAACUACCCGAGAAUAA